AUGAGUUUACCAGUCACAAAAGUUGCUGCUUGUCAUUUGGCUCCAGUUCUAUUGAAUAAAGAGGAAACUAUAAAAAAAGUCAUCUCUUCAAUUGAAAAAGCAGCUGCAGAACAUGCAAAUAUUAUUGUUUUCCCAGAAACUUUUGUUUCUGCAUUCCCAGUUUGGAGUACAUGUAAAGCACCAAUUGACAACCAUGAACUAUUUGUAAAGUUGGUUGAAAGCUCGUUGUAUGUCGACGGUCCAGAAAUUGAAUCAAUCAAAGAACUUUGUAAAUCUUUGGAAGUUGUUGUCUUAUUAGGAUUCAAUGAAAGAUCUAGGGUCAGUGUUGGUGGAUUAUGGAAUUCAUAUGUGUUGAUUGAUGAAAAUGGUAAUAUUGGUGCUCAUCAUAGGAAAUUGGUACCAACUUAUUUUGAGAAAUUAUCAUGGGCAAAUGGUGAUGGUUCUGGUUUGAAUGUUGUUGACUCAAAAUACGGUAAAAUCGGUGCAUUGAUUUGUGGUGAAAAUACGAGUUCAUUAGCAAGAUUCACUUUGUUAAGUCAAGGUGAACAGAUACAUUUAUCUAUUUGGCCACCUGCUGCUGAUUAUCAAAGACCUGGUACAGCAAAAUCAUUUGAUAAUAUCACAGCAAAUAAGAUUAGAUGUGGUAUACAAUGUUUAGAAGGUAAAUGUUUUGGUGUCAUUUGUUCUUCAUUCCUUGAUGAAGACACAAUGGAAUUUUUAGUUAAAGAUGACCCAUCAAACGAAGAAUUUUAUAGAAAACAAUCACAAGGUGCAACCUUCUUUUUAGAUCCUGCUGCUAAUGAAAUUGGUGAUUUUUUACAACAUGAAGAAGGUAUCGCUUAUGCUACAUUUGACUUGAAUAAAACAAUAGUUCCAAAACAAUUCCACGAUCUUGUUGGUGGUUAUAAUAGAUUUGAUGUUUUUAAAUUACGCGUGAAUAGAUCAAAAAACUCACCAAUUGAGUUUGAAGAUGAAGAGGAAUGA